AUGGACAAAUUACAAGUAAAAGAUGAGAACAAAAUAAAGGUUCUGGAAGAGAAAACGAUGACAAGCAAAAUACCUGUUGCUGUUGCUGCGAAGAUUCUUACAUCUAAGAAAGUUGAAUCUGAAAUGAAUUCUCUCAAUCUCAUCGACCAAAAUCAUAAUAACUGUCAUGCUAACGGCAAAUCAAAUAUUGCAAAUAUCCGCAAGACAGAUGCCGGUGCUGUUGUUACUGACACCAUUACAAAAGUUAGUAAUGAAGCUACAAGAAACAUUGGGAAUUCAGGAAAUUAUCAGGCGAACAGCGAUAGAGAAAUCAGAUCAACAAAGCCAUUGGAUUUGAUGAUUAUCGAUACUCAGCCGAUACAGAAAUCGUGGCAAACAGUAAUGACUGGACCCAAUCAGCAAUAUCAUCAUCAAAUUGUGACACACAUGGUGCAGAAUGGAUAUUCGCCAACUUAUGUGCAGAUGAUGACAGCAUCCGUGGUACGGUCACAGGUAACUGAAGCAAGUGUUGACUUCGAAAUGCGACGUGAAAAACCAUGCUGCUGGAAGGGUGAAUUACCACCUCGUAAUUACUGUAAUCCAGUGUUUUCUAGUAAAGUUUUUAUUGGUGGUGUUCCAUGGGAUAUUACAGAAACCGCACUUCUUGACUCAUUUUCGAAAUAUGGACCCUGCCGAGUGGAAUGGCCUAGCAAAGAAUUGCGUCAUACACGCAUAAACCCACGACGAGCCAAAAUUACUGGUUAUGUGUAUAUGGUUUUCGAAAAUGAUGGGGCGGUGAAAAACUUGCUGCAAGAUUGCUCUCAGGAGUUUGGAACAGCUGGUGAAUGGUAUUUCAAAUUGACAGCACGACGAGCCAAUGGAUUGGAAAUCAGACAGGUGCAAGUUAUUCCAUGGGUGAUAACAGAUGCCUCGUAUAUUAUCAGUCCGAAUGUUUCUCUGGACCUUAAAAAAACAGUAUUUGUUGGGGCUUUGCAUGGCAUGAUUACGGCCCAGGUUUUGUUCUCCAUUAUGAGAGAUGUUUACGGUGAUGUACUUUAUGUUGGAAUCGAUACAGAUCGUCAAAAGUAUCCUAUAGGCAGUGCGCGAGUCACGUUUUCAACUCAGUCAGCUUACUUCCGCGCGAUUGAAUCCGGUUAUCUUGAAAUUCACACUUCGAAAUUUACGAAAAAAGUACAGAUUGAUCCAUUUUUGGAGGAUGCUAAAUGUUCACAAUGUGAAUGUGUUCAGGGACCAUAUUUCUGUCGCGAAAAGAGCUGUUUUAAAUAUUUUUGUCUGCAAUGCUGGGAGGUUCGUCAUGCACUGACUGGUCCAUAUGGCAGCCACAAACCUAUGAUUCGCACACAUCGUCGACCGGUGCAAUCAGAAACUUACUUUGCUUACAGUGCUGCUAACUGUGCUGUUUCAUAUGACCCUCACACUGUUCUAUCGCAACAAUAUUUUGGAACUUUUACAUCUGAGAUUGGGAUUCAGAUGAACAUUCGACCUCCGAUUCCCGAUCAUAUUGCAGAAGUUGCUCAACCUACAAGUAUGAAGCUGGCGUUUAGACAGCCGACAUAUCUAUUGCCUACUUAUUCCAACCAUUCUCUCAAGCAAGUGCAGGUUUGGGUGCCUCCUGUGAGUCAACCUCACAUCUUUCCGCAAGAAAGUAAUCUGAAAGCACGAACUCUAUCCCGACUCACUCCAUGCAUUGGUUCAAACUUCUCUGAAAGUGUCAGUGGACACAAUCACAGUGAUUCAUCUCUUCGUAUGGAAAAUAUUGCUGACGACACAUUGCAUGCUGCGCCGAUGUCAUCGAGCUCCCCGAACAUUGAAACUGUUUCAACUAGUGCUCCAUAA